AUGGGACUUUGCUUCAAGACUACGCAUUUGCUAUCAUUUUUUAUAUUGUUCGUCAUUGCAUUCUACAGUCGUCGUUUCGUUAGAAAAACAAAUCCUCCAAAUCGUCAAGGUGGUUCCAUAGUGAUAACUGGCGGCAAUGGUGUCCUUGGACGAUCACUGAUUACACAAGCCAUCCGCUUUGGUCUUUUGGUCAUAUCUUUAGAUGUUGAAUAUUCUCCAAACUUUUUUCAGGAAGUCCCAUACGUGAUUCCAAUCGUAUGUGAUAUUACGGAAGAAGAAAGCGUAAACAGUUUCCUAAAAAAAUUGGAAACCAUCCAUGCGAAGCCAUUUGCUCUUAUCAAUACGGGAGCUAUUGCACCAAAAAAUAAACUGCUUGACAUGAGUAGCAAGCAACUAGCAAGGUGUAUCCAUGUAAACACUAUUGGACAAUUCAACGUAACAAAGAUGUUUUACUCUUCACUGUUAUUGUCGGUAGAGCCUCAUAUCAUCAAUGUAACAUCUGCUUUGGCUUACUUUAGUGCCUCUGGGGUCGCUGCUUAUUCUUGCUCAAAGGCUGCUUUAUUAUCUCUACAUGAAACAUUAGAAGUGGAAACUAAGCAGAUGCAUGCACCCGUAAAGUUAUCCCUUUACUCCCUUGGCCAGUUUAAAUCAACAAUGUUUGACAAAGAUACGCCUAAUAAAAUUUUAGCUCCACUGUUAAAUUCAAAUGAUGUUGCACAUAUAAUACUACGGAACUUAAUGAAUAAUCAGAGCGGUCGAUUUUAUUACCCGCUAUAUGUUCGUUUCAUGCCGCUAUUGAGAUUUAUGCCCUCAGAAAUCCAAAGGAUUGCUCGUUGGUUUAGUGGAAUGGACGAGAUUUAUUCUUAG